GUGUAGGCUUUAUCUUUUCGCCAUUGCUCGGGCGGCGUCCAUUUUGUACGCCAUAUUGAAUUUGGUCGGACAUCUUUGACGCCAUGUUUAGUCGGACAUAUUUUAUAAACAUUUUCGCGUAAAUUUCAAAUAUUUUUGAGCCUAAAUAUCGAACUUUUUUUCACUGAAGUCUGGGGGAUAGAUAGGGGCGAAGAUUACUCGGAAAAAUUCCGUACCUACGCAGCAGUCCAAAUUUGUCUCCAAGUGGCCGUGCAGCUUUUGUUAUAAGAUAAAUAAAGGGCGCGGUUCACCAUGAUGAACCAGGAGAUCAUGUGUGAGGUGGAGAUCGGGACGCACGGCGGCAUAGAGAUAGAUGGGGACGACCAAGUCGGCGUCAAGUAUGAAGAAAUAGAAACCGGCCAGUAUGAAGAGUACAUAACUGACGACCAGUAUGAGGAGGUUGAGGAACAGGUGAUUGGCAUGCACCACUUGGAGGAAGGUCAGUUCAGCACUCACAGCCAAUUGCACCUAUCACCAUCAUCAUCACACCCCAUGUCAGCGCUGCUGACAGAUUACAAACUUGCAGUCGGGAGCGAAGAGGUAAUUCUACCGGGGAUGUCCGGAGAGGAAGUACUCGCUGCCAACGACUCUUAUGAUCCGGUGUAUGCUACCCCGCCUUCAACUAGUAAUAACAGAGGUCGCGGCAGGCCCGCGGUUAAAGCGAACAACACGAACAACGUUCACCACCUUAUGCCUAUUGGCGAAGUGCCCAUGGGUCUCAUGGAGGGUGUCAGCGGAGGCCGAGGCACGGCGCGGCGCUGGGAGCAGAAGCAGGUGCAGAUCAAGACCAUGGAGGGGGAGUUCAGCGUCACCAUGUGGGCCACGGGAGAGGAUGAUGAUGACGGUUCCAACCCCGAGCCGGACCCCGACUACACGGAGUACAUGACCGGCAAGAAAAGCAUCCUAGGCAACGAGACCAUGCCAGGUUUAGACUUAUCAGACCCGAAGCAGUUGGCGGAGUUCGCGCGGCCCGGCCACAAGAUCAGGCUAAAGAAACCUUCGCCAGAAUCAUCGGAUAGAACUAUAGCGUGUCCCCACAAAGGCUGCACUAAGAUGUUCAGAGACAACUCGGCCAUGAGGAAACAUCUGCACACGCACGGGCCGCGGGUACACGUGUGCGCGGAAUGUGGAAAAGCGUUUGUAGAAAGUUCUAAACUAAAAAGGCACCAGCUCGUCCACACCGGGGAGAAACCCUUCCAGUGCACCUUCGAGGGCUGCGGGAAGAGGUUUUCACUCGAUUUUAAUCUAAGAACACAUGUUCGGAUCCACACGGGCGACCGGCCCUAUGUGUGUCCCUUCGACGGAUGCAAUAAGAAAUUCGCGCAGAGCACCAACCUCAAGUCACACAUACUCACACACGCGAAGGCCAAAUCAAGAAAUUCGCUAUCUCGCAACGGGGGCGGUUCAUACGAGUCAGCCCGGACGACGCCUCAGUUCGUGCAACUCGAGAUGUCUCCGGAUGACUCUAACCACCAACUCAUCUUCUACACGCAUGAGUGAAGACAGUGAAGCGGUGUCAUGAGUG